ACGAGGGAAACAAUAUGGAAGAUUCGUAAAAUUUUUUUUCAUAAAUUUCUUACGAUUAGGCGGCAUUAGUUCUAACCCUCUUCAUCAUGUAGAAAGUAAAUGCCAUGUAGACAUCGAAUGUCUUGUGCCAAAACCGAUAAAAUUUUCGAACUUUUCAAAGCGUGGCUAAUGAGCUCUGAACAUAAAAAAUGAUUUAAUAAUAUUAUCAAAAUGUCUCACGUUGAAUCAUGUCGAGACCGUCAAGAGAAUGAGCUUGAAGUAUUAAAGUCAAUAUUUGGAGACGAAUUAUAUGAUUUGAGGAAAAAUAAACAGAGAAAGAAAUGGCAGCCACUGGAUGUAUCGGUGACACUUAUGCCACAACAAGGCAUGUCUGGGCCAGCACAAGUAUAUGCCCAAAUCGACUUACAUGUUAUUUGUGGUGAAAAAUAUCCUGAAGAAGUGCCACGUAUGCAGCUCCAAAACAGUCGAGGCUUGUCUGAUCAACAAAUUGCUAUGCUCUUCUCAGAAUUGGAACACCUGGCAGAGCGUCUCAGAGGGGAAGUAAUGAUUUUUGAAUUGGCACAGCAUAUACAGAAAUUUCUCCAUAAGCACAAUAAACCUGGAUACAGUAGCUUUUACGAAGAAAUGGUUUCACGACGGCAGGAACGUAUGCAGUAUGAAAUGCAAGAAAAGCAGCUGAAAGAAGACAAAGAAAGACAAGUAUUGCAGGAUGAAAUACAGAAGCGUCAGGAGGCUCUUAAAGCAGAAAUGCGAAAUCGUAGGGAAACGGCUCGUUUGUCUAUUGAAUCGGAUACGAUGUCUCAGUCGAUCCCAUCAUCGCCUCACGAAAGGGUCAGGACGUACUCUCGGCGAAGAUGUAUGAGUACUUCAGAAAGUUCAGAAGGCCCACUCUGUGAGCACAGAGGAACGAAACUUUUGCACUUUGACAACAGUCGCGGUGAGAGGCAGGUGCAUCGUGGCAAGUGUCUAGGUCACAGUACCAAAGGAUCCGUGGUCUAUGCAGGAGUGGAUAUGACCACUGGAGAGUUACUAGCUGUAACAGAGUGGACAUUGAAGUGUGGUAGCACAGGAGAAGCACGUGUAACAAGCGAAGCAUCGAAUUUACAACACUCUAUGAAACAAAUUGCUAGCAUAGAGCAAGAGCUUAAUCAUCUUCAUAAGUUACAUCAUCCUAAUUUGGUACACUAUUUGAACAUGAAAUAUAUCCAAGAUAAGGAUAAUAUAUUGAUCUACAUUCUUCAGGAAUUUGUGGUAGGAACCACGUGCUCGUUCUAUCUAAUGGAAAACAUUCCAGUUGAUAUUGACAUGCUCAGGCAUUUAGCCACUGGAAUCCUGUCGGCAUUACAAUAUCUACAUGAAAAUAACGUAGUGCACAAAGAUCUGCGCGACACCAGUGUUCAUAUAGAUCGAACCGGAGCCAUAAGGCUGUCUGAUUAUUCCCUGGACAAAAGAUUAUCAGAUAUUUAUCGUGCAAGUUGCCUAGCCAAGGCUGAACACGAUUUUCCUACCAUCCAGGCCAGAAGUGGUAAAAAGGCAGACAUUUACAGAUUUGGAGUUCUCCUGUUAUCUCUAUUCAGAGGCAGCAUUGUGUCGGAGAAAGAAAUUGAUUGGAGCGGUGCGCCACAGCCAGAUUUAAGGGACUUUCUAUCGAAAUGUCUGACCGGUGACGAGCGUGUUCGUUGGUCGGCUGAGCAAUUGCAACAACAUGGCUUCAUUCGUGUACCACUUGAACGUGGUAUAUCUCCUCCGAGACUGGAUCGCAACAAGGAACAAGACAGUUCGGAGCCAGAAGAACCAGCUUCCGAUAUUCACUUUUACCUCCCAGCACUUGGUGGUCAAUCGCGAAUUCAAAACGAAUUCGAGGUUUUAAAAUGGCUGGGCAAAGGAGCCUUUGGCGACGUUCUCAAGGUUAGGAACAAACUUGAUGGAGGUGUCUAUGCCAUUAAACGCAUCGAACUCAAUCCAAAGAAUAAACAGUUGAAUAGAAAAAUAACAAGAGAAGUGAAAUUACUCUCUAGACUUAAUCAUGAGAAUGUCGUGCGCUAUUAUAAUUCUUGGAUCGAGAGUGCUACUUUGGAUGAUCCUACGAGACACAGUCGAUUGACACCAGCGGCUACUCCGUCGACUAAAACUACCAACUUCCAUCAUAUACUAAAGGAAACAACCUUGAGUGAAGAUAUUGAGAGGCUAGCCCCAGCGGUUCACGAUGUUGAAUGGAAUAUAUCCUACGAGUCUCGAGCUAGUGCAGUCAUGUCCAGUGACAGUGAAGAGGAUAACAGUGUCAGCUCCAGUGAUUCGGACAGUGACGAAGAUUGGGCCUUUUUAAUGCGAACCACGGUCGAUUCCUCGGAUAGUAUAGAAUUUGAAAAGGACGGUACGUCCCAAAUGUCAGACUCCGUUCAAGGUUCCCAAGAAAAUUUGUCAAAGGGCGACACGAGUACCGACGUCUCUACAAUGGGUAAAGAGAUACAAUUCAUGUAUAUACAAAUGGAAUUUUGUGAGAAGAGUACUUUGAGAACGGCCAUUGACAAUGGCUUGUACGAAGACGAGGAACGUGUUUGGCGUCUUUUUCGAGAAAUGGUCGAAGGUCUUGCUCAUAUACAUCAGCAGGGUAUGAUCCACAGAGAUCUGAAGCCUGUUAAUAUUUUUCUGGAUAGCAACGAUCAUGUAAAAAUAGGUGAUUUUGGAUUGGCGACUACCAAUAUAUUAUCUACCUUGGUUCACACUAUGGACACUGAUCGGGAGUUGCAAUUAAUUGAGAAAGGCACCAGCUUCGACCUGGACGAAUUAGGAUCGUUAACCGGUCAGGUGGGAACUGCUUUGUACGUGGCUCCUGAAUUAAGUUCCAAAGCCGCCAAAGCUAUUUACAAUCAAAAAGUCGAUAUCUAUAGUCUUGGCAUUAUACUUUUUGAAAUGUGUUACAAACCUUUAACGACUGGUAUGGAAAGAGUGAAAGUUCUAUUGAAUUUACGUUCCAAAGAAAUUGUAUUGCCUCCUGAGCUGACUGAGGCUGACACGCCACAUCAAGUUCACCUUCUACGUUGGCUGUUAAAUCACGAUCCUAGUCAGCGGCCUACAUCUCAAGAAUUAUUGGCCUCUGAAUAUUUACCUCCUCCACAGCUGGAAGAAGCAGAACUCCAGGAAAUGGUGCGCCACACUCUCUCUAAUAGUCAGAGUAAAGCAUACAAGUAUCUGGUAGCUUGUUGCUUUGCUCAGGAAGUCACAGCAGCUGAAGAUAUCACUUACGAUAUGAAUUUACCCUCUAGGGGUAUUGCAAAUUCUCUCGUACCAAAGACGCAAUUUCUUCAUGAGAAUGUCAAGGCGAAAGUCGUUGAAGUAUUUCGUCGCCAUGGCGGAGUUUAUUUGGCCACGCCACUCUUGAUGCCUAAAUCUGGCAAGUUUUACAAUCUCACAGAUUCCUGCGCGAAGCUCAUGACCCGUACAGGGAGUAUUGUUUCCAUACCUCAUGACCUGCGUGCACCUUUUGCUAGGUACGUGGCCUGGAAUAAUAUCUUGCACAUACGAAGAUACGCCAUAGAGCGUGUAUACAGAGAAAAGAAGGUUCACGGAUUCCAUCCAAGAGAACUAUACGAGUGUGCAUUCGACAUAAUAAGUCCCACGGCGAACAACUUAAUGGCUGAAGCUGAACUGAUAACCAUCGUUUGGGAAAUAGUAAACGAAAUACCUUUACUGCGCGAACGCAAUUUCACUGUACGAUUAAAUCACACUUCGCUUCUGCAAGCUGUACUGAUGUAUUGUGGAAUCGAACCAGAGAAAUAUCAGGACAUCUAUUCGAUACUGUGCGAUGCGCGCGAUGGAAAGUUUUCGAAAUUUCAAGUACAGACUCAUCUGAUCAGUUUGUGUCUCACGGACCAGGCCAUGGAGACACUUUUCAAUCUCUUUGAGACUGAGAGCUCCGUUGCUAAGAUAGCCAGUGUACUUAGAACAAUUACAAGACGUAAGGGUGACGCUGCUGCUUUAGCAAAGGAGGGUCUGAGAGAGAUGGAGAUUGUUAUAGCCAAUGCCGAAGCACUAGGUGUCAAGUGGCCUAUAGUCAUCGUACCACUUCUGGUUCACAAUGUACAGCAACACAGUGGUGUAAUUUAUCAGAUUACGUGCGAAUUGAAGCGAAGACGUAGGCGCGGUGGUCAAGAUGUGAUUGCUGCUGGUGGUCGUUACGAUAAAAUGAUAAUGUCCUUCAGAAAAGUCCUGGAGAGAACCGGGAUGGCUAGUAAAGAAGUUAAGCAGUACGGCGUAGGUAUCAGUGUCUCUUUGGAUAAAUUGGUAUGUGCCGUAGCUGAACUCUCGGACGAUCAUUGCGGAGAAAAUAAGUUUGGGAUAGACGUGGCUGUAUGCUGCGUCGACGGUUUACCAAAGAGAGAAAAAGAAAUGGCUGACGUACUUCGUGAACUUUGGUCGCUUGGAUUAAGCGUAACUUCUCUAGACUUAUGUACUGUGGAGGAAAUACGUGAAUAUUGUCAAGAAAAUUUGAUAAAUCAUAUUGUUAUGCUUAAAAGUGGUGAGAAGGGAAGUUUGCGUGUUCAGUCCUGGGAACGUGACAGAUUCCAAGAGAGAAAAAUUAGUAUUCAAGAGAUAGGGGAUUAUUUGCAAAGGCAAACCGAAAAUCCACUUCCGAUACUGAACAGAUCUGAAAGUAAAGUCAGCGCAAACAACGAUGCUCCUGCUUCUUCGAAUAACCCGGUGAACGUGAAUAUAAAUUUUGUUUUUUCUGAAAGAGAUAAACUCUCUGCAAGUGGUAAAAGAAGUUUUAAGAACACGAUGUUGGCACAAAUGACUUCGUGCUUGCAGAGAAUAUCAUAUAAGGUUCCCAUCGAAGUAUUUGCAUUCUUCUUAGAAAUGACUGUGUUAAGAACUAUGGUCAGCCUCCUUGAGAUUGACGAAGAGGAAUUGAAUUUUCAAAAAAGCAUACAGUUGAUCAUAGAGAAACAUCCACGACAUAAAAAAUAUAUAGAAAAAAUUUGUGAGGAAUUGAGAGAAGUUCGGAAUGAAAAGCAGAGGCCUGUUUUGGUACUCUACAGCUUGACAGAAAGUCGAUACAAGAUUCUCAUGUAACUAUACCAAAUGUACAAAAAAGUAAUGAAGAAAUAUAUUUUCAUGAUAAUGAGUAUUAUAUAUUCAAA